AUGUUGAAAAAAUUACUUAUAUUGAUUGCAUCACUCAAUUGUGUUUUCAGUUAAACUAUAGAUUGUGCAGGAAUGAUUGAGACAUCAUGUACAGCUGCUGGGUAUUGCUUUUGGACAGGAUCAGCUUGCUAAUUGGCUGAAUGUCACAAAGUUAGUGAUAUCAGAGCAUGUAGAUCUAGUUUAAAUGGGUUUUUGGUAGUGAAUAAUAAAUGCACAGAGAUACCCUCUAUUAAUUCGAACUUUCUGAAUUAAUGUAUGGAAUAUGAUCAGACCACAAUGAUGUAUUCUUAUGUAAGAUUUCCUCCAGAUAUUUCUUAAUUAUCUUCAAGUCAAACAAGUGAUGGUUAUCUUGUGACAACAAUAAUGACUGCCAAAUACACUUCAAAAUACAAAUUUGAGAUACUAACAGUGAAUAUUUUAACAGCUUCCACAUUAUAAUUGAUGAAUAUUAUGAAUGCCUAUAUUUAGAUGUAAUAUGAUUUAGCAGAUCCACAGAUACACCCCUUAUAUUUAGAGAAGGCAAUCUAUGAAUCUAUGUAAGUCAUUAGAGAUGAUGUUACCUUGACUCUUACUGGUACAAAUAAAAGAUAGGAUUAUUAUACUUUAUUGUGGAGAAUGACAGAUGCAUACUUUUUAAAAUUAAGAUCAUACCAGCCUUUCUAUAUUUCUAGUAAAUAUUUAAUCAAUUUUGGCUUUUCUCAUUUCAAUCGACUCUCCCUUACAUUAAUUUCUCAAUAUCAAACUACUUUAAUCUCUUGGAGUACUUAUAAUGAUAAUGGAUAUUUGGAAUUAUUAGUAAUUCCUGCAGAAUAAUUUGGCAUCCUAUCAUCCUUAUCAGAUAUUAUUAUAAUUAGACCCUCAAAUAUAGAUGGUAGCGAUGCAACUCUAUCUUAUACUCUAAAAUGGACAUGGUCAUAUACAGGUACAUAACCUACAAGUAGUGCUAAUUUAUAUACAUUUGAUAAGAUUGAAAUGAAUGGAUUCACUUCUCAAGGUUCAGCAGGUUGUGAUACAUCUACAAAGACUUGCACUAUUAAUAUUUCAAGUCAAUCUACUACUUAAGCUUAUUUAAUUGCUGAAACUGCAAUUACUACAUAAGUAGCUACUGGUAGAUAUUACACAAGAUGUAGAUUAGGACGUUUUACAUGGAAUGGAUCAUGUGCUUGA